UCCUACAAUUUAACAAGUUCAUUUCUCUAAAUCCAUAAUUUUAUCCCUUUUUACUGUUGCAAUGUAUGGGGUUGCUUUCGUCAACGGCGACGAAAUACGAAAAGCGAGGGAGUCAUUCUUCAAGCUCUGUCUCUGAUUCGUAGAGCAGAAGCUGAAAUUUGGUAAUCUCCAAAUCCACAAACUUCCGGCGGCCGUCGAUGGCACAACCUCGGGUACUGCUGUUUCCUUUCCCGGCAAUGGGCCACGUGAAGCCGUUCCUGUCUCUGGCGGAGCUGCUCUCCGACGCCGGCGUGGAGGUGGUGUUCCUGAGCACCGAGUACAACCACCGCCGGAUCCCCGACAUCGGAGCCCUAGCCGCCCGCUUCCCCACGCUUCACUUCGAAACUAUUCCCGACGGCCUGCCGCCCGAUCAGCCGCGCGUUCUCGCCGACGGUCAUCUCUAUUUCUCCAUGCUCGACGGAACCAAGCCGCGAUUCCGGCAACUGAUUCAGUCUUUGAACGGAAACCCUCGCCCCAUCACCUGCAUCAUCAAUGAUGUGAUGCUUUCUUCUCCGAUUGAAGUUGCGGAAGAAUUUGGGAUUCCCGUAAUUGCAUUUUGCCCCUGCAGUGCUCGCUUCUUAUCGGUUCAUUUUUUUAUGCCCAACUUCAUUGAAGAAGCCCAAAUUCCUUACACAGAUGAGAAUCCGAUGGGGAAGAUUGAAGAGGCGACUGUAUUCGAAGGGCUGUUGCGGCGGAAGGAUUUGCCUGGUUUAUGGUGUGCAAAAUCUUCAAACAUAUCUUUCUCGCAUCGCUUCAUUAACCAGACCAUUGCAGCCGGACGAGCCUCUGCUCUCAUACUCAACACCUUUGACGAGCUUGAAUCUCCAUUUCUCAACCACCUCUCCUCCAUUUUCCCCAAAAUCUACUGCAUUGGGCCCCUCAAUGCGCUGUCCAGAUCCAGGCUCGGCAAGUCCUCCUCCUCCUCCUCGGCCCUCGCCGGGUUCUGGAAAGAGGACCAAGCCUACAUGUCCUGGCUCGAAUCUCAGCCGCCUAGAUCCGUGAUCUUUGUCAGCUUCGGAAGUACCAUGAAGAUGGAAGCCUGGAAAUUGGCAGAGUUCUGGUACGGGCUGGUCAACAGCGGUAGCCCCUUCCUGUUCGUGUUCAGGCCCGACUGUGUCAUCAACAGCGGAGACGCAGCGGAGGUGAUGGAGGGGAGAGGGAGAGGCAUGGUGGUGGAGUGGGCUUCCCAAGAGAAGGUUCUGGCCCACCCGGCGGUGGGGGGAUUUUUGACGCACUGUGGGUGGAACUCGACGGUGGAGAGCAUUGUGGCCGGAGUUCCGAUGAUGUGCUGCCCCAUUGUCGCCGACCAACUCAGUAACGCUACUUGGAUUCACAAAGUGUGGAAAAUUGGGAUCGAAGGGGACGAGAAGUGGGAUAGAUCGACGGUGGAGAUGAUGAUCAAAGAAUUGAUGGAAAGUCAAAAGGGAACAGAGAUUCGAACAUCGAUAGAGAUGCUUUCGAAGUUGGCAAAUGAAAAGGUUGUGAAAGGUGGCACGUCUUUGAAUAACUUUGAACUUCUAGUUGAAGACAUCAAAACGUUGAGAAGACCAUAUACUUAAAUUUAAAAACAACCAUGAGUUUUUCUCUCUAAGUGUUGUUUUCCAUUUGAUGAAUUUGUAAUAUGAGUGGAAUUAGUGUCAUCUUUUAGAUUGUGUUUAUGUAAUGUCUUUAAUUUAAAA